AUGGCGCCCCGCAAGCCUCGCUGCAACUUCAAGGAGUGCAAGGAAGCCGCCCAGCGGAUCGUCGGAGACUGCAGCUUCUGCAGCGGCCACUACUGCUCCAAGCAUCGCAUGCUGGAGGCCCACGCCUGCACCGGCCUGGAAGACUGCAAGAAGGAGUCCCACGCCCGCAAUGCCGAUAAGCUGAAUAGCGAGCGCACCCACGUCAUCAAGGGAAUAUGA